AUGAAAAAUGAAAAGUUUUUUUUGGUUAGAGAUUUAAUGAUGUUCAAAGUAACCUGUAACAGUAUUAAUUUAUAUAAAUCUCUUUUAAAUUGCAAUAGAAAUAUAACAGUGUUAGGUAGUAAUAUCAGAUUAUUUAGUACAGCUAAUAAGAAUAGUAACAAAAUGUCAAAUUCACUCGAACAUAUCUUAUUUAUGCAACUCAAAGAAGACAUGACCGAACAACAAUACAACGGUCUUGUCAACCAUAUCGCUAAGAUGCAAGAGAAUAUCCCAGGUGUUAUCACUAUUAACUUUGGAAAGAAUUUAUGUAAAGACAGAAGCGGUGGAUACAACUAUGGUUACAGAGUAUUAUUACGUGAUCCAGCUGAUCUCCAAGUAUAUGACCCACAUCCCCUCCAUGCUGAAUUCAAGAAUCUUCUCAAUGAAGUUCGUACUUCACCACCCAUUGUUUCAGAUUUCUUAGUACCACGUCAAUAA